AUGAAAGCUCUCAAAUUUUUGCUACCCUUACUCCCUUUGGUGUCCAGCUUCAGCCACCCCGGGUUAGUGGUCGCUGAAUCCGAUCUAACCCGGCUCCGGGGGAAACUCUCAGCGGAAUUGGACCCAUGGCAAGCUUGCUGGAACAAGCUUGUCUCUAUGCCCCCUGCCAACAUUCCUUACACCCCCCAGGCUGUGAGCUCUGUCGAUCGCGACAACGAAGCCAACGCCGAUCUGUUAUGGCAAGAUGCUGCUGCUGCCUUCACGCUAGCCCUUCGCUGGAGGGUUGAGGGGAACACCUCGUAUGCUGAUGCAGCAACAGCUAUUCUGACUUCCUGGAGCGAGAAGCUUAUUUCCAUCGGGACUAAUGACGAUCAAUACCUUGUAGCAGGACUGCAAGGCCACCAGUUAGCAAAUGCGGGUGAGCUUUUGCGGGACUAUAUCCCCUUCCGAGAGAAUGGACUAGAUAAGUUUCGGACGAUGAUGGUUCAUGUUUUUCUGGCAAAAAACAUUUACUUUCUUGAGCAUCGCGACGGGUCGGAGCAUAAUGUCAAGCACUUUUUCGCUAAUUGGGAGCUCGCGCAGGUAGCCUCUAUCCUGGCGAUUGGGGUCCUUACCGAUAAUACGACUACAUGGAAUUUUGCUGUUGACUAUUUCAAGAACGGGACUGGAAACGGUGCGAUUAAUAACGCCAUAACAAAUAUUGUCCAAGAACCGGGCACUGGCAAUCCCCUCGGCCAAGGGCAAGAAGAGGGCCGUGAUCAAGGUCAUUCUGCCCUAGACUUCGCUCUGCUAGGGGUUAUCGGACAACAGGCGUGGAAUCAAGGUGAAGACUUAUUUGCGUACAAUAACAGCCGCAUUCUCCUUGGGUUAGUCUACCCUAUUUCCAUUAAUGUGAUAAUAUUUUUCUCACCCACACACAGGGCCGAGUACUUUGCUCGGUACAACCUGGGAUAUGACGUCCCCUUUGAGCCCUACACAAACGGGAUAGUCAGCUAUACUGAAAUCAGCCAUGCUUCCCGUGGGGAUGUCCGAUGGGCAUGGGAAGUGCUCUACAACCACUACGUGAUGAUCAAAGGACAAAAAGCACCCUGGACGACACAAUACCUAAACAAGACAUAUGAAACCUUUGGUGGAUUCGAACCCGGCUCUGGAUCUUCCGGGUCUCCUAGAGUCUCUGGAAAUUACGAUACACUGGGAUGGGGUACGCUUUUGUAUCAUUUAAACGAAUCAGAUGUGACUUUGAUUCGUGACUCGUCGACGACGGGCUCUGCGAUUCACAGAUCGUCAACUCCUGCGACUUCACUGGUAAAAAUUCAAGAAGCCACCACGUCCAUCCCUGUUAAUUCGGAUUUCCUACUUGUAUCGGCCACCGCGGUGCCAGCGUCAACUGGAAAACCUUAUUCAAAGGAACACCACCAUGGUCACCACCACCACAACCACCACAACCACCACGACUAUAAUAGUGUCUCGCAGGGGCCUGGUUCUUGUCCCUCUUUGCCUAAGAACCAAUAG